CCGCCAAUUCCUUCCCCUUUUUCUGAGUUUUAUGGCAGGCCCAAGUUUAUAUGCAAAUUUAACAGAUCCCAAUACACUCUGCAGGAAUUUUUGUUCAGAAGAUCAGUGUCUCCAGAUUCCUGCUCUCAAACAGUAUCUUUGGACCUGUCACCAAAUUUCAUACUGCCAUGAGCUUGUCUCCCUUUGGCUCAAUCUCCACACUUGUGGGCUCUUCCUUCCCAGAUAUCUGGUAGCAUUUCCAGUUUUUAGCAGGAGCCAAUAUUAUCAACCUUUUGAGUCAUUCUACCACAGUCCAAGGGAUCCAGCCUCCCCAAGGCCCAGCAAAGAGACAUUUUUCUGAUGAGGACUUCUGAGCCACAGGCCUUGCUAAAGAGAACGCGCAGCUUCUCAGGCCGGAAGGCGUUUUGUGGCUGAGUGUGAUUGAAACAGAAGUUGCUUUGUGCGCGCGCAUGCACACACACACACGCACACACACACACACGUACACAUCAGAGUAGGGAAACCGUCAUUUUCCUACUCACCCUCUGAUAUCAGCCACCUUCUCUGUAGCUACAGUUUCUCUUCACUCACAUUAAUCCCUGGCGAUGAAAAAUGAACCUCUCCCCCACCCGCGCUGCUGCCUUUCGCCUCACGCCCCCAGAGAAGCAUUUCUUCAUGAGGCAGACGGUGAAGGUUUUUUUCCAAGUCACAUGAUCCGGGAUGCAGGGGGAGAAUCCUUCUUGGAACAGAGACGGGCCCAGAACCAAAUCAGAUGAGGAGAGAUAAGGUGUGAUGUGGGGAAGACUAUAUAAGAAUGGACGCAGGGCUGCAGCGAGCACUCAACCCACUGGCCCCUUCUCAAGACACAGCCAUGCAUGUGCCCGCAGGCUCCGUCACCAGCCACUUGGGAGCCACUAGCCGCAGUUACUUCUAUUUCACCACGGCCUCACUGGCUCUGUGUCUCGUCUUUGCUGUGGCAACCAUUAUGGUGCUGGUAGUUCAGAAGACGGACUCCAUUCCCAACCCGCCGGGCAAAUUCCACCUUAAAGGAGGGAAUUGUUCAGAGGACAUCUCAUGUAUCCUGGAAAGGGCUGCAUUCAAGAAGUCAUGGGCCUACCUCCAAGUGUCAAAGCAUAUAAACAAAACCAAGUUGUCUUGGAACAAAGAUGGCAUUACCCAUGGAGUCAGAUAUCAGGAUGGGAAUCUGGUGAUCCAGUUCCCAGGUUGGUACUUCAUCAUUUGCCAACUGCAAUUUCUUGUGAAAUGCCCAGAACAUUCUGUCGACCUGAAGCUGGAGCUUCUCAUCAACAGAGAUGUCAAAAAACAGACACUGGUGACAGUGUGUGAGUCUGGAGUGCAAACCAAAAACAUAUACCAGAACCUCUCUCAGUUCUUGCUGGAGCACCUCCAGGUCAACGCCACCAUAUCAGUCAAGGUGGAUAAAUUCCAGUAUGUGGAUACAAACACCUUUCCUCUUGAGAAUGUGUUGUCCAUCUUCUUAUACAGUAGUUCAGACUGAACCAUCCCUCCUGGCCUUCAGGAAGAAAGCAACUCUCUACCAUACAGCACUUCAUCCUUCCAGAUACUUGGGGAAAAAAGAACACUUUAGGCCAAGACUGAAACCACAAAGGGAAUUAAAUAGUACACUUCUCCUUCUGUUUCCUGGGAAGAUACAACUCUGGGUUAAAAAGAGAGUUUUGAGUGAAGUAUCUUCCAGAUAGAAGGCAGGGACGCAAUGCGGUGUGGUAGGCAAAGCCACACACGGGCAUCAGAAGGGAUGGGUUUAGGCCCAGCCCGAUCACUAACUCACUGUAUGACCUGAGCUAGUCCUUUCCCCUCCCUGGAACUCAGAUUCCACGUCAGAAAAAUCAAGGGGCUGAGUUUGAAUCUCUCCAAAGCCUCCUCCAUCCCAGAAGAUCAGGCUCCCCCAUCACAGACCUGUGAACUAAGAUUCCAGGCAAUGUUCUCGAAGCCCCCGACCAAAGGCUAGUUCCCCGCACUGGCAGAAAACCGAUGGUACUAGCAGUAUCUGGCUGCGUGUCACCCCAGCAGAGUCAGGAUUUGGGCCCAAGGUUCAGGGCACCUUGACAAAUGGUGUGAACAGUAGGAUCUAAAGUGUGUAAAACUGACCAUCCGGAAUCUAAUGCCUUCUGGGUAUUUGGAAAACCACCUGACCAGGCUUGACUCCAUUGCAGUUAAGACUGACAAUAAGUCACCAACAGACAGCUUUUGUUUCCUGUCAGGAAAGUGCUGUGAAUUCGGCAAGCGCUCAGUCCAGGUGAUCAGUCAUUUGCUCAGAGAAGAGCUGCUGCCAUCGCCCACAUGAACUCUUUCCUGCUUCAGAUACUCUCGGAGGGCUUUUAAGGCCCCACAGCAUUGAUGAUAGACAGUGAUGACUCUGAAAAUGGUGAGAAGGACUUCUGAGCAGCGGCCACCUCCUCUCCUGACGUUAGGCACGACAUUUCAACCCACAUUUACAUUUGUCCGUCUUCGAAGGAGCACCUUGUUUGUUUGAGGGAAGGACCACUGACUUGAAAUAUAAGCCCGUGAGGUUAUGCUUCCGAAGGAAAAGGGACCCUUAACUGCUGUGCAAAAGAAUGGAGCAAAAUUUACAUUUUUCUCAAUUAGCAGGAGAGAGAAACGAGUAGGAACUCAGGAAAGUUUGUCAGAGAAAGACUAGAAAUGAUUUACAGAAAAAAAAAAAAAAAAAACCAGCAGUGGUGGUACGGAUGAGAGGGACUUGGGAGAACAAAAACGGCUAAGGGAAAGAUUUAAGCAAUUUGCUGAGCAGGGUGUUACGUCGACCCCUUCCUAGGUCUCCACUAUGAAAUAUUCAGUAAAGUCUACAUUUCUCUUUAACACUUUCUGUGAGUAGAUUCUUUGGGAGGAGCGGGCACUGGAAGAAGUGUUGAAUUCAUCAAGCCAAGUGGUAUGUGGUAAAAGCAGACAGGCUUUGAGGACCCGAAGCCACAGAAUAAGGGGGCACCUGGCAUUUAUACCCUAACUCUGUAGGACAAAUGAAUCCUGCUUAAACCAACUCACGCGCUCUUGAAAAGAUAUCUGCAACCUAAGCAUGUGUAACCUAAGCAAGUUUUCUACCGUCUCAUAUUCUAACUUGAGAAAGUUUCCAUUUUCGUUUUUCAGCAACCCUCCUCUGAGCAGAGGUACCUGACUGUCACCUCGUGAGGGGUUCCUAAUCUCAGUCUCUGUCAAGCAAUGCCCUGAAAGUCAACAUCUGAAGACACAAGGGGGCACAGAAUUUAAAGGAAUCCAGCAGCACGACAAAAAAGUAUAAGAGAAUAAUCAUUAAUAACCCAAGGUAGGGAUAACCCACAGGGAGAGCACAGCCUAGGAAGUUUAAAAUGAAAUUCUGUCACUCCCCAAGGGUUACGCACCCCCUGGAAAUGCUGUGAGCAAAUGACACCAUCUACACAAGUAAAACGAAUCAUUUUUCUAACUGGGAACCCAGGUUACCUGAAACAUAUGCCUCUUUGGUAAAAACUCAUCUGGAGCUCACUGAUUCUGCCCUCUCCCACCCCCAACACACACACACACACACACACACACACACACACACACACACACACACACACACACACAGUUUACUCGUAGAACUUGGACAAGAGGGUGAUGGGUGAGUUGAUGAAAAAUAAUGAGUGUAAAUGUAUUUCUGCCUUUGGGAAAAUUCAUAGGGCUUUCUCUAUACUUGGUGACUUUCUUCACCCCGUUUCUCCAUCACACACCAAUGUCUCCUGGGACUUCCCUGUCCAGUUCCUUCUCAGAAUCCCGCUAUCACACAAAGGUUGGCUCAGAGGAGGGCCCAGCACCUCCAGGAGGGUUGAUAUGAACAGGCACGAAAGCAAGGAAGUGCUGAGGGAAACUGGGCAGCAUUCACCAAACAAGGGAGGCUUCCAGAAUCCCUGGAAUACCACCGAUUGUCCUGGCACUGGGGGACAAAGCCCUUAAGUUAAGACGAUACAGAAGUCAGUCAGUGUCAUCUCUGGAAAGAUGCUGAGAGAUCAGCUGAGCCAGUGUUUGAACGGAAGCCCAAUAUGGGACAGAGACUAAAAUCCUCGCAUGUGGCUGGGACCUGAGUGGGGAUUUGAGCCCAGACUCCUCAUGCCAUUACUCCCCAGCAGGCCAUACUGGUCCCCACUGUAGCCUUCCUGUAACCCCUCAGAUCACAUCUUUCCAGCCCUGCACUGCAGUAGGCCCCAACCUUCAGGGAUUCUUCUGUUUCUCCCUGCACCUCUCAAAACAAUCUGGGAUCAUCAGGUGGUCUGUAGAUUUUGUACAUGGUCAAAUCACAGAAAAAUGUUAGGGUCCCACGAUGUCAAAGUUGUCUCUCUCAGAAACUGAAGAAAUAUAUGAUAAGGACAAUAUUUUGCAAUAAAAAUAUUAAAAGCUUGUCUUAAUUUGAGGUUAUGCAUAUAUGUGUGUAUGUAUAUAUAUAUGUAUAUAUGUGUGGAUAAGUAGGUAUGUGUAUAUGCAUGUACAUAUAUGUAUAUUAUAUAUACACAUAUGUGUACAUGUGUAUAUAUGCUUUCCCCUAAUAAUUGUUGUAUAGGUCAUCUGCUUAACCUGGGGUCCCGGGAAGAAACCUGAUUCUUGCUCUGGACAUUGCAAAAUUUAUAUACUCUUGUAUUUAUUUUUAAUUAUGAAAAGAGCAGAAAGUAAUAUUUCUCCCAUGCCUCAUCAGUGUAUUUAAUAACUAUCAAUAUUUUGCUGUAUUUGGUUCUGCUUCUUUUAAAAAAUAAAAUAAUACAGAGAGAGCUGAAGUCUCACCCCUCCCACCAUUUCCCUAUGCCCUCCCCAGAGGUAACAACUACCUGGGAGUUUUCAUGUCCCCUUCAUUUACAUAAUUUCAUAUUUCUUGUCCCAUAAGAAUAUACAGUACAAUUUUGUGUUUUUUAAAUUUCCAAUAAAUAUCAUACUUUACAUAA